AUGCCGAGCGCGCGCGCGCUGCUGCUGCUGCUGCUGUGCGGCGCGCACGCGCACGAGCUGCGCUUCGAGCACGCGCUCUACAACGUGAGCGUGCCCGAGAACAGCGCGCCGCGCACGCCCGCCGUGCAGCCGCCCGGCGCGCCGCCGCUGGGCGUGCGCGUGCCGGGCGGCGCGCGCGUGCGCUUCCGCAUCCGCCACGGCGACCGCGACAAGUUCUUCAAGGCCGAGGAGCGCUUGGUGGGCGACUUCUGCUUCCUGGCGCUGCGCACGCGCGCCGGCCACGACGUGCUCAACCGCGAGCGCCGCGACCUGUUCCGUCUCGACGUGCGCGCCUCGGCCGCGCUGGCAGGCCGCACGCUCGAGGCCGACGCUGUGGUGCUGGUACGCGUGACGGACGAGAACGACCUCAGUCCGCUGUUUCUGCCCACCGAGUACGACGCGCCGCUGCGCGAGGAUGUGCCGCUGCACGCCAGCGUAGCGCGCGUGGCGGCCGAGGACGCCGACUUGGGCCUCAACGGCGAAAUCUACUACAGCCUGGCCGAGCGCACGGACCGCGUGGCGGUCCACCCCACCAGCGGCGUGGUCAGCGUAACACGCGUGCCGCGCGCCGCCGACGGCGCGCUCGAGCUUACCGUGCUGGCGCAGGAUCGCGCCUCGCUGAGCGUGCGCGGCGAACGGGCGCCGGCUGCGCGUGCGUCAUUGCGUCUAACCGUCAUACCCGCCAACUUACACGCGCCCGAACUGCACGUGCGUCACCUGCCGGAGCUCGUUGAGGGAUCCGCGGCCACGGUGUACGCCAUUGUAGCCGUGACGGACCGCGACGAGGGCGAGCACGGCCGCAUCGCUAACCUGGACAUCGUCGACGGCGACCCCGACGGGCACUUCCGCGUGCGCGCGUCGGUCGUGCCCGGAGAGUUCGACGUGGUGGCGCACGCGCUGCUAGACCGCGAGCGUGCGCCGCGCGGCUACAACCUCACUCUGCGCGCCACGGACGCCGGCACGCCCGCGCGCGCCGCUUACACCACGCUGCCCGUGACACUGCGCGACACCGACGACAGUGCGCCCGUGUUCAGCCGCGAGCUGUACGAAGCGCGCGUCAGCGAGACGGCGCCGCCCAACACGCCCGUCAUCCGGCUGAAGGUGAGCGACCGCGACGAGGGCCGCAACGCCCGCGUCUACAUCGAGAUAGUGGGCGGCAACGAGGGCGGCGAGUUCGCCGUCAACGCGGACACGGGCGUCCUGUACACGGCGGUGGCGCUGGAUGCGGAGCAUAAGUCGCUGUACACGCUGACCGUAUCCGCCGUGGACCAGGGGGACGCGGGCGCGCGCAAACAGUCUUCCGCCAAAGUGAAGAUCGAAGUGGUGGACGCCAACGACAACGACCCCGUGUUCGAGCGCGAGGAGCUGCACGUGACGCUGGCGGAGAACGGCGCGGCGGGCGCGGUGGUGGCGCGCGUGGCGGCGCGAGACGCGGACGCGGGUGAGAACGCGUACGUGUCGUACGCUAUCGCCAACCUGCAGCCCGUGCCCUUCGAGGUCGACCACUUCUCGGGCGCCGUGCGCACCACGCGCCUGCUGGACUACGAGAGCAUGCGGCGCGAGUACGCGCUGCGAAUCCGCGCCAGCGACUGGGGCCUGCCGUACCGACGCCAGGCCGAGAUGCGCCUCACCGUGCAUCUGCAGGACGUCAACGACAACCGGCCGCAGUUCGAGCGCGUCGACUGCGUCGGCUAUCUGUCGCGCAAGCUCGCCAUCGGCUCCGAGAUUGUGACCCUGUCGGCGAUAGACUUCGACUCCGGCGACGUCGUGUCAUAUCGCAUCGCGGGCGGCAACGAGGACAACUGCUUCUCGCUGGACGCCAGCACCGGAGUGCUGGUGCUGGCGUGCGACCUGGGCGACGUGCGCGCCGACUCGCGCGCGCUCAACGUCACGGCCACCGACGGCACGCACUUCGCGGACGCCGCUGCGCUCACGCUGCACCUGGCGGGCGGCGACGCGGCCGAGCCCGGCGCGCUGGAGUGCCGCGACACCGGCGUCGCGCGCCGCCUCACCGAGCUGCUGGCGGCGGCCGAGCGCAGCAACGCUCCCGAGGACUUCGCCGAGGACUUCCCCGAGGCACCGUCCCGCUACGGCGAGAACCUGCACUACCCCGAGUUCGAGGACUUCCCGGUCGAAGUGAAGGUGAACGAGUCUGUGGCGCUGGGCACGUCGCUCGUGCGUCUGCGGGCGCGCGACCGGGACCUGGGCUACAAUGGCCUGCUGGUGUACGCGAUAUCGGGCGGGGACGCCGACUCCGCCUUCCGCAUCGACCCCGACACGGGGGAGCUCAAAGUGAUCGGCUACCUGGACCGCGAGCGGGAGAGCGAGUACUAUCUGAACGUCACGGUGUUCGACCUGGGCCGGCCGCCGCGCGCAGCCUCGCGGCUUCUGCCCGUCACCGUCUUGGACGUCAACGACAACGCGCCGCGCUUCCGCAGCAGCCUGGCCAGCCUGCGCGUGACGGAGAACGCGCUCAACGGCACGGCCAUCUUCCGCGCCGACGCCACAGACCGCGACGGCGGCGACUUCGGCCGCGUGACCUACAGCCUCACCGGCGCGGGCGACGGGGAGUUCUGCGUGGACCGCGCGGGCGGUGCCGUGGCUGUGUGCGCGCCGCUGGACCGCGAGCGGCGAGCGGUGUACGAGCUGACGGUGCUGGCCACGGACGGCGGCGGCCUUCGCGCUGAGGCGCUGGUGCGCGUGUUCGUGGACGACGUCAACGACAACGCGCCACAGUUCGCGCUGCCAGCCUACGAGGCGCACGUGCGCGAGGACGUGCCCGUGGGCACCGUGGUGGCCGUGCUCGAGGCCUUCGACCCCGACCUGGGCGCCGGCGGCGUCGUGGCGUACUCGCUGCCCGACCAGGCCGACGACGCGGCGUUCAACGUGGACGCCACCUCGGGGACCGUGCGGACCGCCAAACGACUGGACUUCGAGGAGAGACAGGUGUACGGAGUGACUGUGCGCGCCACAGACGGCGGGCAGCCGGCGCUGUGGGCGGAGGCCACACUCAUCGUGGAGGUGGCGGAUGUGGACGAGAACGCGCACUCGCCCGUGUUCGCCGACUGGCCGGCACUGCAGGCGCGCGUGCCCGAAGACGCGCCGCCGGGCACGCGCGUGCUCGCGGCGGCCGCCACGGACGCCGACCCGCCCGGCCGCGACUCGCGCCUUGCCUACUACGUGCUGGGCGGCUCGGGCCUGGCGCACUUCUCCGUGGACGACGAGGGGGUGGUGCGCACGCGGACGCCGCUGGAUCGCGAGACCACGCCGCACUACUGGCUCACCCUGUGCGCGCAGGACCAGGGGCUGGUGCCGCGCCACGCGUGCGUCGAGGUGUACAUCGAGGUGGAAGACGUGAACGACAUGGCGCCGUGGCCGGAGCAGGCGGAGUACUUCGCCACCGUGCCCGAGCACUGCGCCGCCGGCACGCUGGUGGUGCGCGUACGCGCCCACGACGCCGACGCCGCACCCGCGCCCGUGCGCCUGCGCUACGCCAUCGCGGCCGGCAACCCCGACGGGCUGUUCGCCAUCGACGAGGCCUCCGGCGAGCUGCGCACCACGGGCCGCGCGCUGGACCGCGAAGCGCUGGCCGUGCACGCGCUGGAGGUGUCGGUGUCGGACGGCGAGCUGGCCAGCUCCGUGCGCGUUCGCGUCGCGCUGGCGGACCUCAACGACCACGCGCCCGUCUUCACGCAGCGCUUCUACGACGUGCGCGCGCCCGCCGGCCCGCAGGAUGACGAGGCGGCUUCUGUUGAAGGCCAAGAGAGUAGCUCGGAGGCGGAGGCGGAGGCCGAGGCCGAGGCCGACGAGGACGACGAGGCCGCGGCGCGCGACGCGUGGGACGAGUGGGACGACGACGAGCCCGGCGGCACCUACGUUACCACCGUGGCCGCGCUCGACAGCGACGCGGGCGAGAACGGCACCGUGCGCUACAGCGGCCGCGCCCGCGGCGCCGCGCGCGGCCUGUUGCGCGUGCACGCGCGCACCGGCCGCGUGCACGCCGCGCCGCGCCUGCUGCGCGCGCCGCGCCGCGCCUACGACCUGGGCGUGCGCGCGUGCGACGGCGCGCGGCCGCCGCGCUGCGCCGCCGGCCGCGUGCGCGUGCGCGUGGUGGCGGCCGGCCGCGGCCUGGCGCCCGCCGUGCGCGCCGUGGCGCCGCUGCAGGCCGCCGAGCUGGACGCGCCCGGCUUCCUGCUGGCGCUGCUGCAGGCCAGCGACGCGGAGGGCGACGCGCUGUACUACGACAUCGUGGGUGGCGACCCGCAGCGCCAGUUCGCGGUGGGGCGCGAGGACGGCAGCCUGGUGCUGGCGCGGCGCCUGCUGUGGGAGGAGCGCGAGCACUACUCGCUGAACGUGUCGGUGAGCGACGGGCGGCGCGCGGCGCACGCGCUGGUGAACGUGUCGGUCAUCAACGACGCGCACGAGGGCGGCGUGGCGUUCGCGCGCGCCGCGUACGCGCUGGACGUGCCGGAGAGCGCGCGCGCGGGCGAGGCGCUGCUGGCGCUGGGCGCGGCGGCGGGGCGCGGCGCGCGCCUGCUGUUCGGGCUGCACGCCGCGCGCGCGCCGCGGGACCUGGGCCUGUUCCGCCUGCACGAGCUCAGCGGCGUGCUGGAGCUGGCGCGCCCGCUGGACCGCGAGGCGGCGGCCGUGCACGAGCUGACGGUGUGGGCGCGCGACCAGGCGCCGCGCGCGUCGCUGGCCUUCGCGCGCGUCACGGUGCGCGUGCUGGACGACGACGAGCACGCGCCCGAGUGGGGGCGGCGCCUGUGGGAGGUGCGCGUGCCGCGCGGCGCGGCGCCGGGCGCGCUGCUGGCGCCGCUGCGCGCGUUCGACCGCGACGCGGACGACGCGGCGCGCGUGCGCUACUCGCUGGCGGGCGACGCGGCCGGCCAGUUCGCGGUGGACGCGCUGGGCGACGUGCGCCUGGCGCGCGCGCUGCCCGCCGCCGGGCCGCGCGAGUACGCGCUGAGCGUGCGCGCCGCCGGCCCGCCGCCCGCCGCGCGCGCCGCCGCGCUGCCGCUGCACGUGCUGGUGGUGGAGCCCGACGCCGCGCCGCCGCGCUUCGCCGACGCGGCCGCGGCGUUCGAGGCGCCGGAGGACGCGGCCGUGGGCGCGGCGCUGGGCUCGGUGCGCGCGCGCAGCCACUCGGCCGUGCGCUACGAGCUGCGCGGCGCGCGCGGCGCCUUCCGCCUCGACCCGGCCGGCGUGCUGCGCCUGGCCGCGCCGCUGGACUACGAGGCGCAGGACGCGUACGACCUCAGCGUCACCGCCACCAACAUGGGCGGCGGCAGCGCAACCGCGAGCGUCACGGUGCACGUGCUGGACCGCAACGAGUUCCCGCCAGUGCUGCUACAGCGGGAGUACCGCGGCCGCAUAUCCGAGGCGGCCGCGGCGGGCGCGCUGGUGAGCGACGCGGGCGCGGGGCCGGGCGUGCCGCUGGUGCUGGGCACGGCGGACGGCGACUCGCCCGCCAACCGGCAGCGCGCCUUCGAGGUGCUGGAGCCCGACGCCGCCGCGCUGUUCCGCCUCGACCCCACCACGGGCGCGCUGCGCCUGGCCGCGCCGCUGGACUACGAGCGCCAGCGCGUGCACAGCUUCACCGUCAAGGUGCUGGACAUGGGCGAGCCGCGCCUGCCCUCGCACAGCACCGCCGCCGUGCGCGUGGAGGUGACCAACGAGAACGACUGCGCGCCCGCCUUCGCGCAGGACGCCUACGCGGCCACCGUGCUGCUGCCCACGGUGGCCGGCGUGCGCGUGCUGGCGCUGGCCGCCGCCGACGCCGACGACCCCGCCGGCCUGCUGCCGCUCAAGUACGACGUUCUGGACACCGACGCGCCGGGCGCGUUCGCGCUGUCGGCCGCCGGCGAGCUCAGCGUGGCCGAGCCGGCGCCCGCGGCCGGCGCGCACCGCCUGCGCGUGCGCGUGUCGGACGGCGUGCACUCGGCCACGGCGCGCGUGGAGGUGCGCGUGCGCGAGCCCGACAACGCGGGGCUCGCGUUCCAGAAGACGGACUACUACGGCUCCGUGCUGGAGAACUCGACGCGGCCGAGCGUCGUGGCCGUGCCGGCCGUGCUGGGCGCGGCGCUCAACGAGCACGUGCAGUUCCGCCUGCUGAACCCCACGGCCGGGUUCGCGGUGGGCGCGUCGUCGGGCGCCGUGCGCAGCGCCGGCCGCGCGCUGGACCGCGAGCAGCGCGACAGCUACACGCUGCUGCUGCAGGCGCGCAGCGGGCCGCGCGUGGCGCACGCGCGCCUGCACGUGGCCGUCACGGACGUCAACGACAACUGCCCCGUGUUCGUGCAGCGGCCCUACGUGGCGGCCGUGCGCGCGGGCGCCGAGCCCGGCACGCCCGUGCUGCGCGUGCGCGCCGUAGACGCCGACGCCAACGACAACGGCGAGGUGCGGUACGAAAUGAAGCGCGGCCACGGCGAGCUGUUCCGCGUGGACCGGCGCUCCGGCCAGAUCUCGCUGAAGCAGACGCUGGACGCGCGCAGCGAGCCGUACGCGCUCGUCAUCGCCGCGUUCGAUGGCGGCACGCCCGCGUGCGGCGCGGAGGCGGCCGUGGCCGUGCGCGUGUGGGCCGGCGGCGCCGCGCCGUCGUGGGCCGCGGCGCACGUGGCGCUGAGCGCGCGCGAGGACGCGGCGCCGGGCGCGGCGCUGGGCGGCCCGCUGACGGCGCGCUCGCCGCUGGCGCGCCCGCUGCUGUACACGCUGCAGGCCGGCGCCGCGGACCUGUUCGAGAUCCACUUCGACACGGCGCCCGACCGAGGCAGCGGUCCGUGCUCGCUGGUGGCGCGCGCGGCGCUGGACUACGAGGCGGCGCGUACGCACGAGCUUACCGUGCGCGCGACUGACGGCGUGACGGGCGUCUUCGCCGACCUGGCCGUCACGCUGCACGUGCUGGACGUCAACGACUGCGCGCCCGACUUCGGCGCCGACGAGUUCCGCGCCUCCGUGUCCGAGGCCGCCGCCGUGGGCUCCGAGUUGCUCACCGUGCGCGCCACCGACGCCGACAGCGGCGCCAACGGAGAGGUGAGCUACUCGCUGGCGGCGUGGGGCGGCGCCGACGGGCCGCUGCCCUUCGCCGUGGACGCGCGCUCGGGGCUCGUGCGCGUGGCGGCGCCGCUGGACCGCGAGCUGCGCGCCGCGCACCACCUCACGCUCACGGCGCGCGACGCGGGCAGCCCGCCGCAGCUCACCACGGCGCACCUCUUCGUCACCGUGGAGGACGUGAACGACUGCGCGCCGCGCAUGGAGCGCGCCGUGCUGAGUGCGCUGGUGUCGGACGAGGCGGCGCGCGGCGUGGCGCUGGCGCGCGCGGCGGCGUGGGACGCGGACGCGGCGCCGCGGCUGCGCUACGCGCUGGCGGGCCCGGCGCGCGGCCUGGCCGUGGACGAGCGCUCGGGCGUGCUGUCGCUGCUGGACGCGCGCGCACUCGGCGCGCUGCGCUCGCUCAACGUGUCGGUGUCGGACGGCGCGCACGCCGCCUUCGCACGCGUCAAGCUGUCGCUGGCGCCCGCCAACCGCCACGCGCCGCACUUCGCGCACGUGCUGUACGAGGCGCGCGCGCCGGAGAACCGGCCGCCGCCGUUGCCGCUGACCACGGUGAAGGCGAUGGACGCGGACGCGGGCGAGUACGGCGCGGUGACGUACGCCAUCCCGUCGGCGCGCCUGCGCGAGCUGUUCGCCGUGGACGCCAGCAGCGGCGCGCUGAGCACGCGCGUGCCGCUGGACCGCGAGCACCGCGCCGAGUGGGAGGUGCCGGUGACGGCCAGCGACGGCGGCGGCCGUCUGGGCCACACCACGGUGCGCGUGCGCGUGGGCGACGCCAACGACCACGCGCCCGCGUUCCCGCUGCGCGAGUACCGCGCCGCCGUGGCGCCCGACCGCGCGCCGCAGCUGCCCUUCCUGGCGCUGGCGGCGCUCGACGCGGACGCGGGCGAGCACGCGCGCCUGCGCUACGCCGCGUACGACGGCGAGCUGGGCGACGCCGCCGGCCUGUUCGCCGUGGACGCGCUGACGGGCGCGCUGGCCCUGGCGCGCGACGCGGCGGCAUUCGCGGGCCGCUCGCUGCAGCUGUGGGUGCGCGCCGCGGACGGCGGCGGGCUGGCGGGCGAGGCGGGCGUGGCCGUGCGCGUGCUGCGGGCGGGCGAGCGCGCGCCGCGCCUGGCGCCGCCGCCGCCGGCCGUGUUCCUGCGCGAGGACGCGGCGCCGGGCACGCUGGUGGCGCAGCUGCGCGCGGCGGCGGGCGGCGCGCUGCCGGCGCUGCGCCUGGCGCCGGCGCACGGCGCGCGCGCGCAGUUCUCGCUGGACGCGGCAGGCCGCCUGCUGCUGGCGGCGCCGCUGGACCGCGAGGCGGCGCCCGACCACGUCAUCGGAAUCAUCGCGGAGGACCCGCUGGACCCGACGCUGGCCAGCAUGGUGCAGACGCGCCUGCACGUGCUGGACGUCAACGAGCACGCGCCCGCCUUCCACUCGCAGCCCUACGUCGUGCAGCUGGCCGAGAACACGCCGCCGCACUCCAGCGUCGUGCAGCUGAUGGCGGACGACCCGGACGCGGGCUCCAACGGCGAGGUGCGCUUCGCGCUGCUGGCCGACGCGCCGCUGCCCUUCGCCGUGGACGCGCACAGCGGCUGGGUGACCACCACGGCGCCGCUGGACCGCGAGGCGCGCGCCGAGUACCGCGUGGCGCUGGAGGCGCGCGACGCGGGCGCGCCGGCGCUGGCCUCGCGCGGCUCGCUCGUGGUGCGCGUGCUGGACUACAACGACUGCGCGCCGCGCUUCGCGCAGAGCACGCACGCGGCCGCCGUGCGCGAGGACGCGGCGCCGGGCACGGUGCUGCUGCGGCUGGCCGUGGCCGACGCGGACGCGGCGGGCGCGCCGCUCAGCUACUUCGUGGCGGCCGGCGACGCGCGCGCGCGCUUCGGCGUGCGCGCACCCGGCGAGCUGUACGUGGCGCGCGCGCUGGACCGCGAGACCGAGCCCGCUUACUCGCUGUCGGUGGCGGCCACGGACGGCAAGUUCACGGCCUACACCACCGUGCACGUGGCGGUGGAGGACGCCAACGACAACCCGCCGUACUGCGUGCGGCACCGCUACCGCGUGCGGCUGCGCGAGGACGCGCCGCGCGGCCAGCCGCUGCUCACGCUGCUGACGCGCGACGCCGACGAGCCGCACCACGCGCGCCUGCGCUACUUCCUCAGCGGCGAGCACGCCGACCACUUCUCCAUCCACAAGGAGACGGGCGAGGUGCGCGUGGCGGCGCCGCUGGACCGCGAGCGCGUGGCCUCCUACCGCCUCCGCGCGCACGCGCAGGACCGCGACCGCGCCGACUGGGCGUGCUCGUCCGAGCUGCUGCUCGCGCUGGACGACGUCAACGACAACGCGCCGCGCUUCUCCGCGCCGCUCUACAGCGCCACGCUGCCCGAGGACGCGGAGCCGGGCACGCUGGUGGCCAAGGUGCACGCCACCGACGACGACCUGGGCGAGAACCGCUCCGUGCGCUACUCCUUCGUGGACGAGAGCGCCGCGCGCACCUUCGCGCUGGCGCCCGACAGCGGCAUCGUCACGCUGCGCGGGGCGCUGGACCGCGAGACGCUGGCCGAGCACCGCCUCGUGCUGCGCGCCUCGGACGCCGGCCGGCCCGCGCGCAGCGCCACGGCCACGCUGCGCCUCGCCGUGGCCGACGUCAACGACAACCCGCCCGAGUUCGAGCUGCGCCUGUACCGCGCCGCCGUGCCCGAGCUGGCCGCGCCGGGCGCCGAGCUGUUACGCGUGCACGCCACGUCGCGCGACGCGGGCGCCAACGCCGCCGUGGCCUACGCGCUGGUGGGCGGCGCCGACCGCGACGACUUCGCAGUGCACCCCGCCUCGGGCGUGCUCCGCGUGGCGCGCCCGCUGGACUAUGAGCGGCGACGCGCCUACCUGCUCACCGUGCAGGCGCUGGACGGCGGCACCCCGCCGCUCAGCGACACGACCAGCGUCAACAUAACCGUCACCGACGCCAACGACAACGCGCCCGUCUUCUCGCAGGCGUCGUACGGCGCGCGCGUGCGCGAGGACGCCCUCGUGGGCUACCGCGUCGUGCAGGUGCUCGCGAACGACGCCGACGACGGCGCUAACGGCCGCGUCUCCUACGCCAUCGCCCGCGGCGACCGCGACGGCCGCUUCGUAAUCGACGCCGACACGGGCUACGUAUCGCUGGCCGCACCGUUGGACCGCGAGAGCCGGCCCGCCUACGUGCUGGAGCUGCGCGCGCGCGACCGCGGCGUACCCGCGCUGGAGGCGACCGCGCUGCUCAACGUCGAGGUGCUGGACGCCAACGACAACCCGCCGCUGUUCGCGCUCUCCAACUACAGCGUCGUCGUGCAGGAGGACAAGCCGCUGGGCCACACCGUGCUGAAGCUCGAAGUGUCCGACGCCGACGCGCCGCCCAACGCGGCGCCGUACACCUUCGACUUCCAGAGCGGCAACGAGAUGGGCGCCUUCCGCCUGGAGCAGGACGGCUCGCUGCGCACGGCGACGCGCUUCAGCCACCGCGUGCGCGAACGCUACGCGCUGCACCUGCGCGUGUUCGACAACGGCACGCCGCCGCUGUUCUCCGACGCCUGGGUGCACGUGCGCGUGGUGCAACAGUCGCAGUACCCGCCCGUGGCCACGCCGCUCGAGGUGCUCGUCAACUCGUACCGCGACGAGUUCCCGGGCGGCGUGCUGGGCCGCGUGGAGGCCUCGGACCGCGACGCCUACGACCGGCUGACCUUCGCGCUGGCGCCCGUCGACGGCGCGCCGGCGCCCACCGACCUGUUCGAGAUCGACCCCGCCGACGGCACGCUGCGCGCCGUGCCGCGGCUCGACGUGGGCGCGUACCGCCUCAACGUCACGGUCGGCGACGGCAAGUUCGUGACCUGCGCCGCCGUGCGCGUGACCGUGGUGCUGGUGUCCGACGAGGCGCUGGCGCAGGCCGUGCUGGUGCGCUUCCGCCAGGUCACGGACCGCGACUUCGUGCUGGGCCACCGCCUGGGCUUCCUGCGCGCCGUGCGCGAGGCGGCGGGCGCGGCGCCGGGCGACGUGCUGCUGCUGGGCGUGGCGGCGGGCGCGCGCGCGCUGCUGGACGUGGGCGUGGCCGUGCGCGCGGGCGGCGCCUGGCUGCCCGCCGCCGCGCUGCGCCGCCGCCUGCACGCGCAGCUCGAGCGGCUCGAGGAGCUGGCGCGCCUCGUGCUGGACGAGCUGCCGCGCGCGCCGUGCGGCGGCUGCGAGCACGGCGCGUGCGCCGAGCGCGUGGAGCUGCGCGGCGAGGCGCGCUCCGUGGGCGGCGCCGCCUUCGCGCUGGUGGCGCCGCAGCCGCACGCGCGCGGCUCGUGCGCGUGCGAGCCCGGCUUCGGCGGCGAGCGCUGCGAGCGCGCGGCGGCGUGCGAGGCGUGCGGCGGCGUGCUGCGGCUGGCGGGCGACGGCUACCUGGCCUUCCGGCUGGCGCGCGGCGCGCUGGCGGGCGCGCGCGUGCCGGAGGACGAGCUGCUGGUGGCGCUGCGGUUCCGCACGCGCGCGGCGCGCGGCACGCUGCUGCGCGCGGCGGGGCGCGCCGAGCACGCCACGCUGGAGCUGGCGGACGGGCGCGUGCAGUUCCGCAUGCAGCUGGGCGCGGGCGAGGCGCGGCUGCGCGCGGGCGGCGCGGUGGCGGACGGCGAGUGGCACGCCGUGCGGCUGGAGCGGCGCGGCGCGGGCGCGCGGCUGGUGGUGGACCGGCACGCGGCGCAGGCGCGCGCGCCGCCGCCGGCCGCGGUGCUGGACGCGCGCGCCGGCCGCGUGCUGCUGGGCGCGGCGCUGGAGCGGCACGCGCACGCGCUGGCGCCGGAGCAGGUGACGGACGGCUUCGACGGCUGCAUCGCGGACGUCACGCUGGGCGGCGUGCGUCUGCCGCUGGAAGAGGGCGGCACGUCGGCCGACGGGCGCGCGCAGCUCGUGCGCAGCGUCAACGCGCUCGUGGCCGACGAGUGCGCGCCGCUGCCCGAGCCCGACGCGUGCUCCGCGCAGCCCUGCCGGCACGGCGGCACGUGCCGCGCGCGCCCCGACCUGGCCGCCGACGCCUUCGAGUGCGCGUGCCACGCGCGCUUCCUGGGCCGGCGCUGCGAGCUGGACUCCGACCCGUGCGCCUCGCAGCCGUGCCUGCACGGCGGCUUCUGCGCGGCCGAGGGCGAGGGCGCGUUCCGCUGCGCCUGCGCCGCCGGGCUGGAGGGCGCGCGCUGCGAGCGCGGCCGCUGGUGCGCGCCCGGCGCGUGCGCGCACGGCGGCGAGUGCGAGGAGGGCGAGUGGGGCCCGUCGUGUCGCUGCCGCGGCUACUACGGCCCGAGCUGCCAGUACGACGUGGACGAGUGCGCGGGCGAGCCCUGCCUCAACGGCGCCACGUGCCUCAACGAGCCGGGCUCCUUCCGCUGCCUGUGCCCGCCCGACAAGACCGGCAUGCACUGCGGCAACCCGCUGCACUCGGACGCCGUGGUGGCGGGCGACGCGGCGGGCGGCGGGCGCGCGCUGCGCGAGCUGUGGCGCUGGGCGCUGGCGGCGCGCUGGCCGCUGGGCGCGGCGGCGGGCGCGCUGCUGCUGCUGCUGCUGCUGGCGCUGCUGCCGGCGGCGCUGCGGCGCCGGGCGCGCGCGCCGCCCGCCGCGGACAAGCUGCCGCCGCGCAGCAAGCUGUCCAACCUGGAGGCCGUGCGGCGCGGCCGGCCCGCGUCGUGCGCCGCCGAGCCGCCGCUCAACAACAUCGACACGCUGCGCUCGUACGGCUCGGCCGGCGACGAGCUGGAGGGCAUCCCGCCCGACUACCUGCGCAACCUCAACCUGCACGUGGAGCCCGCCGAGCGCAAGCCGUGGUCGGAGCAGAUGCACCUGCACACCUUCGCCGACAACAAGAUCUACAACGAUCUGAAAGCCUGCAACACGCGCGUCCGCGUGCCGUCGCCGAGUGCGGCGCGGCGGCCCGCGGCGGCGCCCGCCGGGCCGGGCGAGCCGCACCUCCUGGGCGGCUACCACUGGGACUGCUCCGACUGGUGCGGCGGCGGCGCGCUGCCCGGCAUCAGCGAGGUGGCGGGCUCGGAGCGCCCCGACUCCUCGUCGCCGCCGUCGCCGCGGCCGCCGCGCCGCGCGCCGCCCGACGUGCGCCAGUCCGACUCGGCCACCGACGACCCCGACGCCCUCUCGCUGGCCGCGGCGGCUUUCCUGCUCGAUGACGAGUACUCGGCGGGCGGCGACGGCGACUCGCUGCGCGCGCGCGCCGUGCGCGAGCCCGACGCGCACAGCCUCAUCACCAUGCUGGAGGAGCGGCACUCGCUGCUGGGCGGCUCCGGCAGCGACCUGUCGGCCAACCUGUGCGAGAUCGAGGACUCGGAGGCCGAGGAGGACGCGCCCGCGCCGCCGCCGCGCCACAGCGACGUGUGACGCCGGCGCGCGCGCGGCCUCUAGCCGGGCCGCGUGUAGCCCGCGUCGGAGAACUCGCCGGACUGUUAGCGCGAUGUUACUCUGAAACGAUUAAGAAUAAGUGCAAAAAUGAACGUUUUGGAAACAUUAUCCGACCAAAGACGGAAAUGCAACCUGUUAAAUGUGAAAUAGUAGUUGUAUGUGUAUACAAAACUGUCCGAAGCGCACAAUCGCAACGACAUCAUUGGACGUUCGGUGUGCGCAGGCGGGCGGGGGACGCGACUCGCGGCGCACGUGUGUAAAUAUUACGUUAACGAGUGCGAGUGGUAGAGUAGUUAGGUUAGCUAGGUAAGCUCGCGCGCCGGGCCGCCGCGCGAAUUUAUUCUUGUAAAUAAUGUAACGAGUAAGUACUCGUAUGAGUAACUUGUGUAUUUAUGUAUAUAAUGUAGUUAGGGCUAGGCGGGAGCGACCCGGCGCGAUCGAGCUCUGUAUAAUUAUAAUAUGGUGCUCCGACUAUAGUUUCAUAUCAUGACUUUAAAUUAUGCAUUUACGGACCUCUCUCCUUGUAGGCUAGCUCGUCGUUAAGGAAUCUAUUUUUGUAUGUGUACAGCAGCGCUUGUGCGACUGACUGAUCGAACGCCGACCGCUCGCCGACGACGCGACGGUCUUAUUACUAAAUUUGUUCGCGAAUGAUGGAUGAAUUAAUUAUUUAUUUAUCUUUUGUUAUACGUUUUGACACGAUUAAUGAAGCGAAUAAAAGUACAACUACUGUGUA